AUGAUAAAAGUAGUAAUACCAACAGACGACGAGGAAGUAGCCCCUGUCAAGGAUGAAAAAAUAAUACCUCCGUUCGGUUCAUUAGAAUGGAUUUAUUACUUAAGUGAAAUUGAAGGCAACCUGCCCACUCCAAUUGAAGUAUCUAUAACAGACUCACUCAGAUACACCUGUCCAGAAUUGAAGUGGUAUAACUUUGACGUAUACCCUCAUAAGAUCAAAAUUACGAAUACUGGAUAUACGGUAUUGAUGGGUGCGAAAUGGCGAACAGAGAGGCCAUAUCUAGAAGGUGGUCCUUUCCUCGAGAAACAUGUCUUAUCCCAAAUACACUUUCAUUGGGGUGCUCAUAUGAUGGAAGGUAGUGAACACACGGUUGAUAAAAGACAAUAUCCAGGGGAAAUGCAGGUUACGUUUUUCAAAGCCGACUAUAUGACACAGGACGAGGCGUUCCGACAUCCCGACGGAGUAGUUAUGGUCUGUUAUAUGAUCAAAUACGGUGUAAACCCUGACGAUCGUCUUAGCUGGAUCAUUGAAGGAUUCCCAAGAAUUCAAGAAGCUCAAACCCACACACGUGUCGGCCCAUAUCCAAUGUCACACUUGCUUCCUAUGUUUUUUGAAGAUUAUUUUUUAUAUUGGGGCACUUUGCAUACUGUGAGAGGUGAAAAAUUUGUUGUCAGGUGGUUGGUGCCACGGAAAUCCUUGUUCGCUUCGUUGGAUCAGAUGAAGCAAUUCCGAAAACUAUGGGAUCCAUGGGAUGAACCCAAUCUCCGCAACUUUAGACCGUUGCGAGAACGAAAAGAUCGACACGUGCUAUUUAUUAAUCCGCAUUGGAAUCAAUAUAACUCUUUACUACCUUUACCAAGAGUCCCUGAAGAUUCGAUAUCUGUUUUAUCGCCUGAAUACAUGGCUCAUUCCUGGAUGCUACCGCCGCAGAAUUCUAACAUGCUGCCCAAGGAAAAAGAAAAUGCUGAUUAG